AUGGCAACUUUCCGUCAGUUCAAACCCGACGAUGUCAACAAAUUUUCCAAGUGCAACCUCGACCCCCUAACCGAGACGUACGAACUCGGCUUCUACCUCCAGUACUACGCAAAAUGGCCGGCACUCUUUCAGGUUUGUGAAGACAUGGAUGGAAACAUCAUCGGAUACAGUGAGUCUGUCCUCUCCGGGUCAAAAAGGCGUGCCUGCUUCUCGGCAGACCAUGGAGCUGACGGCUGGAAAGUAAUGGGCAAGGUUGAGUCGUCGCCCGAUGCGUACCGAUACUCGGAGCACUACCUUCCAUGGCAUGCACACAUCACCGCGCUGACGGUCGCCCCCGAGGCUCGUCGGCUAGGCAUCGGGAAAAUCCUCACCGAGCAGCUCGAGAGCGCUGCCGACGCCAACGACGCCUGGUUUGUCGAUCUUUUUGUCCGCAGGAGCAAUCACAGGGCGAUUGCCUUUUACGAGAACCUCGGCUACAGCGUUUUUCGCGUCGUCAAGGACUACUACGGGGACCACGCCACUGAUGCCGACAGGAGCACCGAAGAUGCCUUUGACAUGCGCAAAGCCAUGCGCAGAGACAAAGGCGGCGAGCAUAUCAGGGCCGACGGCGAGAAGCAUGAAGUUGAUCCGGAAGAUGUCUGGUAG